CGUCCGUGUACGUGACAUGGAUGAUGAUGCUAUAUAGCGUUCCCCCCCAGGCCCACCAGCGCAGUUGAAGUUGGCCGUUCCCACAAACCGCUCUCGGGCCCGAAACCUGCUUCACUCUAUAAUCUGUCUUCCGCGUCGAGGGCACACAGCUGUUGACUCAUCCGCGUCAUUUCUAAUCCGAAUCCCCCCGCCGCCACCUGUCAGCGAGCGCCGUCCAGCUGGGAAGAUCGGCACUUAUUCUUUGUGCAAACACCGACGGCGGCCGAUCUCGACAGGGAUCAGGCGCAUCCUCCAACCUCGCGCCCACCAGCGCCGCAAAGAAAGGCCUAAAUCCGCGCGCCCCUCCCUGCCGGACACUCCCUCCCUCCCCCAAUGCCUCAAUUCCCACGUCGCCAUGUCUGACGAGAUCCUGCACACGGCGGCCGCCAGCGACCGCGUCCAGAAGCCGAACGGCAGCAUCAGCGGGGCUUCUGGCGCGCCAACGCCGAACCCGCGCUCCUGCGUGACGUGCCGCCGGAGGAAGGUCAAAUGCGACAAGAAGCAGCCAUGCUCGAAUUGCGCGCGCGCUAAGAUCGAGUGCGUGUUCCCCGGGCCCGGGCGCGCGCCGCGGAAGAGCAGGAAGCCGCCGGAUGGAGAGCUCAUGGACAGGUUGCGGCGGCUGGAGGGCGUGGUGCAGAGCCUGAAUGCGCAGGUCGAGGAACACGAGCAGGAGGCUGCCGACCGGAAUGCGAGUCGGCAGGAGAGUGGCGCUGCGAGCGACUGCCCGUACAGCAAGGAGCCCAGCGUGGCCGUCGACACCAGCGUGGAGGGGCUCGAGAAUCGGUUUGGCCGGCUGGUGGUCGACCAGGGCCGCAGCCGCUAUAUCAACAACAGCUUCUGGGCGAGCUUGAACAACGAGGUCGAAGACCUCAAAGCCAUCCUCAUCGAGCCCUCCGACGACGAAGGCGACUCCCACGCCUCACCCGAUUCGAGCUAUUCCUCGCAGCACCAGGGCUUCCUGUUCGGCUACAGCUCCACCAAUGUUGACAUGCUGUCUCUGCAUCCCACGCCCGAGCACGGCCGCCAGUUUUGGGAAAUAUACAAGGAGAAUGUGGAUCCGCUCGUCAAGGUGCUGCAUAUUCCGUCCUUCGAACCCAUAUUCCUCAACGCCGUAUCACAUCCCGACAAGGUGGCCAAAUCCCUCGAGCCGCUCAUCUUCGCCAUAUAUUACGGGGCCGUAACGAGCAUAAUGCCCCAAGAGUGCGUAGAUAAGUGGGGCGAGGAGCGAGCCGCGCUGCUGCACAAGUAUCGCUUUGGGCUGGAGCAAGGGCUUGCAAGAGCCAACUUCCUCUUCUGCGACGAAAUGGUCAUUCUGCAGGCUUUUGUCGUCUUCCUCAUUUUGCUGCGACGGAACGAUGACGCGAGGAAGAUCUGGACGCUCACCGGCCUCGCUGUGCGGAUUGCGCAGACGCUGGGCAUACACAGGGACGGCAGCCAUUUCAACCUUUCGCCUUUUGAGAUCGAGAUGCGCAGGCGGCUAUGGUGGCAGGUCUGCAUCUUAGACGCAAGGGCGUCUGAGGAUCAUGGCUGUGAUCCCACUAUCGUCGAGGCCCAGUUCGACACUAAAAUGCCCCUGAACGUCUAUGAUACCGACCUUGACCCCAACAUGACAGAGUUCCCCGAAGAACGCCAAGGCUUCACCGACAUGACAUUUUGCCUCAUUCGAUUCGAAGUAACCAACAUCUUCCGCCGCAUCCUGUACAUCCCGCCGGGGCCGAGCCGGUGCAGUGAAUUCUUUGCCGCGCUUACCAUUCCCGAAAAGGAGAAAUGGAUCAGCGAGUGUCAUCAGCGCCUGGAGGACAAGUACCUAAAGAACUGCGACAUGUCAGUGCCGCUGUACUGGGUGACGGCGACAAUAUCGCGCUUGGUCAUGAGCAAGAUGUGGUUGGUUGUGUAUCAUCCACAUCAGCGCAAGGAUGGCGGCGCGUCGCUUCCGCAAGAAACGAAGGAUAAACUUUUCAUUACGUCUCUCGAAAAUAUCGAGUACUCCAUUCUAUUGGAAACGGAGGCCCGCACCCAGAAAUGGGGCUGGCUCUUCCGCACUUACGUCCAAUGGCACGCCAUCGCCUUCCUGCUCUCUGAACUUUGUGUACGAACCAAAGGCGAAGCCGUCGACCGGGCAUGGCGGGCACUCGAAGCCACUGCCGGUCGAUGGUGGUUUCCACUCGGCGAAUCCUCACCUUAUCGCAAGGGCAAGGCAGGCUGCCUCUGGAAGCCCCUCCGAAAGCUGAUGGCCAAGGCCAGGGCCGCGCGAGAACGGGAGCUAGCCCUCGAACGCGCAAGCCAGGCCAUCAAGAAUAAGGGCAUUUACUACUCCGAUUUCCCCCACAUGAUGGAUCAACUACCGACAGAUCCGCCCCCAGCGAACCAACCGAGUCCGGAGAACCUGGACAAGAUGCUGCGCCCAUCAGCGCCCAGGCUGGGCGAGAUGCCUAUUGCGAAGCCUCCCAGUUGGGCUGGAAGCCCUGCGCUGGGUAACAUAGACUUCUCACUGCCUAGCGGCGUCAGCACGGUACCUGUGAUCACUGAAAACGACCAUGGUCAUAGUCCACUCCCAGGGACGAAUAGUGCCAAAGAUCCAAACGCUGUGCAGAACUUUCAGAGCCUCAGCGAGCACGGCCUCGACUACCUGAUUCGCGACGUCAUGGGCGACGUUGCAUUUGACGGGUCAUCUAUUCACGACGCUCAUGACGAAGGACAUGCAUAUGCCGGUGCCCCACCCAACCCUCGCAGCAUCAAUAGAAUCACCAACGGCACUUUGGCGCUAACCCAAGGCGCCUUCACGCAAGAGCCGAACGCAUUCACGAACAGCGACUCUUUCAACAACAGUCCGGCGGGUAUGGGUAGCAGUGGCCAGAGCUCGAACUCGCCCGUACUGGACGGGGAGAAUAUGGACUGGACGGGUUGGGAUGAUUUGGUGAGCCAAUAUGGGAUGGAAGGGCCGCAGCAGGUGCCGACGGCGAACGGGGCGGGGCACUUGGGAAUGGUGCAUUGGUUUUAAGAGGGGCGUCUCUGACGAAUACUUGGAUCCUGGUGAGAGCAAGGAGGAAUAGCCCCCCAAGACGGAUCGUCGCUCCUAGCUUGUCUGGAGGUGUAAGAUAUGGGCACACGGGGUUGAUGGGGUAAGGGCUUACGAUGACGGCGUUAUGGGAUACCCCCACUUUAGUAUGCCUUUUGGGGCAUAUGAUAUACCCGUGGCGCAGGAUGGAUUGCGUCUUGUUGGAAAAGGUCGGGGGGUAUGAGAUGAUGUGAUGUACUUGUAGACUGAAAAAAAAAUAUCUCCGUCUUGCAUCAGCGCUCAGGCAUCCAGGCCUUGCG